CAUAGCCUCCGCGAAGCGUCACUAGUACUUCUCGAUUUUAUUAUUUUUAAAUUGUCAGGAGAUAGGUACACUGUACUUUUUAUUCCCGAAUCCACCUCAAGAAUUUACCCCAGUCCUAGUUAUAAUCUGUUGUAAAGAAGCAAAUUGUAAAUACGCGCCUAUGAUCAUGUGAUAAUUGUGGCUUUCGUUAGCUCUUGGAUCGAUGUGAGCGCCGGAAGGCGAGCUUUGAAUAUUAUCAAUGGCCGCCACGUCAUGUUUUAGGAAGAUAUUUUAUCCGGUUCUACUAUUCCUGAUGCUUUAUAUUGUUUCGGGAUCUGAUGCAAAACCUAACGACGGCGCUAAUGGAACUCCUGCGCCAGACACAGAGAAGCGAAGCGAAUACGAGUCCAUUGCUUAUCUGCACCAGUUGCUUGACGAAGAUCUCAGCGGCUAUAUUGAUGUUAAAGAAUCAGAUGAGUUCCUGAACGAUGAGCUGAAUAUCAAAGGGAAAACUAGCGAUCGCGUAUCCGCCUUACAUAAAGAUGAUCCUCAGAUUACUGUUGAUGAGUUGUGGAAGUCAUGGAGUAUGUCGGAAGUGCACAACUGGACUGUUGACGAAGUCGUUUUGUGGCUAGUAAACCACGUAGAACUGCCACAGUAUUCAGAUCAUUUUCGUCGUCAAAAUGUCAAUGGCACUUUGCUCCCUCGACUUGCUUCUAACCAGCCGGAAUAUUUGACGUCUACCCUGGGUGUUCGUGAUCCAAUCCACAAACGAAAAGUAUCUCUUAAAGCAACAGAUGCCGUUCUUUUUGGAUCUCCCAGAGCCCGGGAUCCUUUAAGUGCAUACAAAGAAUGGAUAUUUUUUUCGUCCCUAAUAAUCGCAUCUUGCGGGAUAUGGGUUGCUUAUUCCCAGCGGAAAAAGUACGAAGCUCAGAUGCGUCACAUGGCUGCUGAUCUGGAGCGCAUUAAGGCCUUAGAGAAAGACCUUGCGGAAAUGCAAAGCACCGAAGGCUCGGCUUUGGGAUCCAACGAAGACGAUGCCUUAUCCCUUGCCCCGGCUGAACGGGAACGACUACAUGAACUAGAACAGGAAAACACCCUUUUGCGAGAAGCUUUGGAAAGAGCGGAGCAUCGUGUUCAAGCUACGCAGUGGUAUGCGCCGGUAGAUCUGGAGCUUGUCCUGCAGAAAACUUAUUCGGUUGAGCUACAGUAUUUCAAAGGAAAACGAGCUGCUGCCGAACGACAACUUUUGGCUGCGAAAGAAGAGUGCGAGAAGCUCCACAAGAAGCAGCAGAGCGUCUUGGGAGCGUUCCGAGUCACGCAUGGGUCACAGUUGAAUAAUGUGGAUGACCAGUUGGUCGCAGCAAAAACUGCCUUGGGUGAUCUGGCUUCCGAUAUUCAAGAUCGCCAGUCACGUUGGGGUCGCAUUGAAGCGCUCACUGGUUUCCACAUUGUAUCUACCGGUGCAGAUGCCCAUAAGCGUGAACGCGAAAAGAGCUUUGCGAGGCGCGAUUCGUUUGACGCAGAAGACCGCAAUACCUUUGCACGUGGGUCAGUCCGCAGUGAACGGAGUGGAAGUCCGGUGAUGUCACGAGCAUUUCAGCGUCAUCCUGUUGCACAUAACAGUCGGCAGCUUUCUGAUGAGCACAAUUCAGACGAUGCAUCCGUUUACUCCCAAGAUGUUGGUUCAGUUUAUGCUGAGAGUGUCCGGAAAACGCACAUUGGUCCCGUUGCUCCUGUGUACGGUAUUAAAGAGUUUAGUCGCGGGAACGAUGUGGGAGCCGAUACUUACAGCGAAGCAUCUGUCGCCUCCAAAGCUCGAGUGCCGCGUCUCAAUGAAGAAAUGAGGCAGGGAUCGCUUCGUAAACUUCCAGAUGUUAGUAGCGAUGUUUUGUUUUCCGCCUCUUGGGAGAACGAUAAUGGGCGAGCAACAGAAAGCGAUCAGGAAACCAGAGCUCCUAAACGUUCGACCGCCAUCAAGAAGGUUUUCUCCAAUUUGUCCCUCUCUGUGCAUCACAAGAAGAUUGAUCAUUAAGCCGGCUGCUCCUUGGAUGUGCUUUUCCUCACUCAGCGCAGCAAUGCAAGAAUCUUUUAUGUAUUUGUUUCCGUUUCGAAUAAUUAAGUUUCCCCGGUGUUCUGUGAUGGCGUACUUGUAGUCACUAGAGGUAGCUUCUCCAGCUCAUUCGGUUUUUCGUAUUGCAUUUUGCUUACCCUUCUGGGCUUCCCAAAUUUCCGUGAUUUCAAAAUAUGUGCCUUCUCAGAAAUAUGAGGCCUUUUUAGAGUUUUUUCGCUGUAUUUAUUUACACCUCCGUUUUCUUUAUUCUUUGGGUGUCACGAAGGCUAACUGAUGGAUGUCUGCUAUUGCUUUCUGAAAGAUAUGGUGUUAAAACUUUGUUUUAACUUGCUUGGAUAGUAUUGGGGUAUAAAGUUUUCAGAUGAGUG